AUGGCAGGGUCCGAUCCGAGGCGGUCGUCAAGAGCGCGAACCUCUCACUCACAAUCACAAAUAUCUUCUACCACGUCGAGCACGUCAGGUCGUGGUGAGCGCAGCACCAGGUAUUUCAACAAAGCUGUCUCGCCACAAAAGUCAAGUUCCUCGGGAUCGCUAUCCUCCGAGGCCCCAGACGAGACAAUUACAGCGGACGAUUCGUUUGGAACACGACGUCGUACCCGCGGUCAGCAGGAAGAAAGAGAGAGGGCAAAUAACAAGACUGAGCAGGUCGAAAUGGCACACGGCGACGAUGAUGCCCAAGACGAGGACGAGGCCGUCCGUUGCAUUUGCGGCUACGAGGACUACCCAGGCCCUCCGCCGUUCGACGAAGACUCCAAGCACGGCUUGAAGGACGGUAUGGACAUCGAUCCCAUAUUCGCGACCGAUGUCACCGACGAUGCGGCCGGAUUUUUCGUACAAUGCGACAUUUGCAAGGUUUGGCAACAUGGCGCCUGCGUUGGCAUCAUGACCGAAGAGUCGAGCCCAGACGAAUAUUUUUGCGAAGAGUGCCGCAAAGAAUUCCACAAGAUUUUCACAGCGAGCAACGGACAACGUUAUUCGCACUACCUACCCACCAAGCGCCCCUCUCGAACGAAUUCUAGAUCCGCCUCUCUCAAUAAGGAUGGCACGAGAUCACCGCCCAAAGAUAAACCGGAGGGCCGCAACGGACGUGGUACGACCACUUCCUCCGCGUCGAAGCGAAGAUCUACAAUGAACAGCCGAGGAGCUGACUACGACGAAGCUGAAGCCCUGAGACGGGCGAUUGAAGCAAGCAAAGAAGACGCAGCUCCUGAACAACCCGAAACUACCACGAGAAGAACAAAGCGAGGCAGAAGCGAUAGCGAAGAAAAGCCAGAAAACAAGAGGCAGAGGACGAGCUCGCGAUCGGCCUCUCCUAGCCUCGACAAGACCACCGAGGACUCUGACGACGCCGGUACAACGACACGGAAUGGUGCAAAGUCUAGAUCGCGGGGCGGCGCAGCAGGCCGCACUCUGCGCACCGAGAAGACAACUGAAAGAGAGGAACGGGAACGACAAAGGGCUGAGGCAGCAAACAAGCGAAAGGGUAGAGCCGAACGCCGGCGAGCUGAUGGUACGGAAGCCACAACUCUCGUGAAGACAUCUGAAGCUGACAUGGACACAGAUUCAGACCCUUCGGACGAGUUACCACUAGCAGCUCGUGCCGCAGUAAACAAGACACCCGCUACAACGACACCGGCCGCAGCCACUACCGCAGCAACCACUGCUACGACAACUACUACGGCAACCCCUGGCGCCCCGGAAGAACCGGUAGAACAGGAAGAACAACCACCAGCGGUACCCGAGCCCCCUCCUGCCUCACAGUCGACUCCAGAAGACCCUCCCGCUGCGGCUACCCCAACAGCCAAGAUCGACAAGAAGCGAUCGCAUAAGAAGAAGGGUCGUAAUCAAUAUACGCGUGAUGAUAACGAGCCAUCACCCGCGAGAUCGCAGUCAGGGGAGGCACCGGCCGAAGUACCACCUCCUCCGAAGCCAAGUAAGGCCGAAGAGAAGACUACUGGACACGGCAAACACGGGAAGAACAAGGGUGGUAUGAGCAGCAAGAUCACCAUGACCGACAUGAAGAGGAGGGCCGCUGCACUCCUAGACUUCAUUUCGCGGACCCAAGUCGAGCUUGCUGGCGAGUCGCCGUCGGAUGAUGAUAAGACCAACGGCAACAGCGUCACACCACAGGUGACCUCGAACUCUGAAAAGCCGUCGUUGGCAACAGGCAUUGUUGGGGUCAAUGGCUCGACCCCAUCCGUCGUCAUGACCUCCGAAGGGCAGCUAGAAAAGGAUUUCAAGGAACUCAACUGCGUGGAGAUGAUGGAUAGCUUGACCCGGAGGCUGGUCAAGUGGCAGCAGGAGUAUACAGUAUGA